GUAGCGGGAGGGCGAAGGUCUCUCUUGGCUUCCCGUCCGCCAUGUUUUCGGACCGGGUCAGCCUUGGUCUUUCCCCGUGAGGAAAUGGCCGAGGGAUUUCAGGGAGCCCAAGCGCCCGUGCCUCGGCGGAGCCCGGGCUGACGAGGCAGGGCGGCGGGUGACCCGGAGCUGUGCGCGGGGCGGAGUGGGGGGGCGGGCGCGGCCAUGGCGUCCGGCAGUAACUGGCUGUCGGGGGUGAAUGUCGUGCUGGUGAUGGCCUACGGGAGCCUGGUGUUCGUGCUGCUGUUCAUCUUCGUCAAGAGGCAGAUCAUGCGCUUCGCCAUGAAGUCGCGGAGGGGCCCUCACGUCCCUGUGGGGCACAACGCCCCCAAGGACUUAAAAGAGGAAAUUGAUAUCCGGCUGUCCAGGGUUCAGGAUAUCAAGUAUGAGCCUCAGCUCCUUGCAGAUGGUGAUGCAAGACUGCUACAGCUGGAAACCCAGGGCAGUCCGAAUUGCUACAACUAUCUCUACAGGAUGAAAGCGCUGGAUGCCAUCCGCGCCUCCGAGAUACCAUUUCACGCUGAAGGCAGGCAUCCCCGUUCCUUACUGGGCAAGAAUUUCCGCUCCUACCUGCUAGAUCUUCGGAACACUAGUACCCCUUUCAAGGGCGUGCGCAAGGCCCUCGUUGAUACCUUGCUGGAUGGCUAUGAGACGGCCCGCUAUGGGACAGGGGUCUUCGGCCAGAGUGAGUACCUGCGCUACCAGGAGGCCCUGAGCGAGCUGGCUACUGUGGUCAAGGCGCGCAGUGGGAGUUCGCAGCGACAGCACCAGUCGGCGGCCAAGGACUUGACCCCGUCUCCCGAAGUCUCGCCAGCGACCAUCCAGGUGACAUACCUCCCCUCCAGUCAGAAGAGUAAACGUGCCAAGCACUUCCUGGAACUGAAGAGCUUUAAGGACAACUAUAACACCCUGGAAAGUACUCUGUGAGGGGCUGCCACGGCCGCUGGGCCCCUGGCCUCAGGUCACAUGGCUGGAGGGCCCAGGUCUGCUGACCUGCUACAGUGUCCAGAGUUCUUAGGGUUCAUUCCUGGAGGAUCCUUCUCCAGCUAGUUCUUAGAGCCCAUUUCAGGAAUUCAGGACUUUAUUUUCCCUUGGUAGCACUUUUUUCUGGAGUUGAAUUCAGAUGUUUCCAUCAAUGUUUUCUUAAAAAGGCUCACUUCACUUUUAUUAUAGUUCAUCUGUUUUUUUUCCCCUUUUCCAAACUAUAAAUAAUCCUAAGAGUGAGAGUUGGGAUGGUGUGGACUGGUGUCUUCCAUGUCUGCCCCGUUCUACAUCAUUUCAUGGGGACCAUAUGGGUUUGAGACAUCUUCCUCUUAAGAGGCGGUUGAAAGAUUAACAUGGCUUCCCUGAUAUGCAAGGAUCCGCCUUUGGGCUUUCUUUCCAUGCUGUCUUGAAUAAAGGGAACACUGGAGCCUAACCUAAUCCCAUCCCCCUACACUUCCUGGGGGUGCUGUGGGACAGGAAAGAAAUGUCAGACCAAUGCACUGGUCUGACAUUCUAGAUUAUUUAAUAAAAAUGAACAAUUUUAAAAGUA